AUGAACCCCUAUAUAAAUUCAUUCUUUCUGCCAAUCCAUCAGCAUAAAAUUGGGAACUGAUAAAACAUUCCCAAAGCAGCACACAUAAUGUUACAAGUCACAGGAAGAGAGUUACUAAAGCCCAUACCCUCCCCCUCCCCCACGUUAUUCCCUUACUUCAUCCCUCCCUCUUUUCUCUCCUGCAACAAACUGAUCCCAGAGCUGAUCCCAGUGCAGUCUCUGUGCUAAUAAAAUCCGGAUUCUCUGUAUGAAACGUUUAUUGACUAUAUGAGAAAUGUUCACUGACGAGCCUGUUUGGACUCCAUCAUAUAUGACGUGGGAAACGACUGUUGUAUUUGAUUGAGAAGGAAUUGUGAAAUCCCUGCUGCUGGCUCUUUAACACUGCGAGAUAAAGCCACAAGGAGAAGCAGCUUAAUGUGACUCAAAGCGGCGGAGCCUGGGUUUAUUCAAGCGGGAGGCUGCGCUUUCUACGACUGACUAGAGCUAGAGGACAUCUGCAGCCAUGGAGCACUCCCAAAGCACAAUCUACAAUGUCACUGUCUGUGAGACCUCAAAGGAGGGUAAUUUCUGCAUCAGUUUCUAGAAGUCAAUCAUUUGCUGGGGUUAACUCAACAUACGAAAAGACCAGGCAUCGAACAACUUUCCAGACACCCACAAUCUCUCGAAAAUCUGGAUCUAGAGUCCGGAGAAUGUUUUCAAUGUCUCACAAGUCCCCUCCUCCAAAGGUGCCACAGCCUGACCGGGUGGAUGAGGUAUAUAAUGCCCUGAAAAGGGGUUUGGGGGCCUACUUAGAAGUUCAUCAAAUGGAACUAGAUAAGCUAACAAAACAGAUAAAAGAGUCCAAAAGAAACUCCAGGCUGGGCUUUCUAUAUGAUCUGGACAAGCAUGUGAAGUGCAUUGAACGAUUUAUCCGCAAACUAGAGUUUCAUACAAGUAAGAUUGAUGAACUUUAUGAAGCAUACUGUAUCCAGCGCAGGCUAAGGGAUGGUGCACAUAAUAUGGUUAAAGCUUACACAGCCUCACCUGGGAGCAAAGAAGCUAGAGAAAGCCUUUCAGAAGCUGGAAAAGGAUAUAAGGAAUAUACUGAAAACAUGUGUGUCCUGGAAAAUGACUUGGAAAGCCAGCUAGGGGAGUUUCACAUUAAGAUGAAAGGACUGGCUGGAUUUGCAAGGUUGUGUGCAGGAGAUCAAUAUGAGAUAUUUAUGAAAUAUGGACGGCAACGGUGGAAAUUACGGGGCCGUAUUGAAGUAAAUGGAAAGCAGUUGUGGGACAGUGAAGAUAUGGUAUUUCUCCCACUUAUUACGGAGUUUCUAUCUAUAAAGGUAACAGAACUAAAGAGCCUUGCAAAUCAUGUGGUGGUGGGGAGUGUCUCCUGUGAAACAAAGGAUCUUUUUGCUGCUCUUCCUCAAGUUGUAGCUGUUGACAUUAAUGAUUUGGGAACAGUGAAGCUCAGUCUGGAGGUCAGCUGGAAUCCAUUUGACAAAGAGGAUCAGCCUUCUUCUGCAAGCACUGUUAAUAAAUCUUCCACUGUAAACAAGAGGUUUUCUACAUACAAUCCAAGCCCUCCAGAUACACCCUCACUGCGAGAACAGGCUUUUUAUAAUAUGCUAAGGAGACAGGAUGAUAUGGAAAAUGGUGCUGCGUGGUCUGUUUCUUCAGAAUCUUCAGAUGAUUCCUCUAGUCCACAGCUGUCAAGCAGUGCACGGCAUGCACAAAAAAACAUAGUUCAACCUGAAGUUCAAGCCACUCCUCCAGAUAUUGAGAUAGCAUUCUCUCAAACAGUGGAGCCCUUGAGCGUGAACAUUGAUAACAGCCAGGGUGAAAAUGAAGAGAUGGUUGCAAAUACAGAUAAGAUAUCGGGGGACAAAGAAAUUUCAGCUAGUGGUCAUGCUGUUUACUCAAGAACAUUAAGCCAUAUCAGUGAAGUCAGCUUUGAUGCUGCUGUUUUAGAUUCUCAACUUUUAGAUGAUACUAUAAUUACACUACCUGACGAUACUGCCAUCAUCCCGCAAGAUGCUGAUGUUAGUGUACCUGACUCUGAGGAGUCUGCAGUUUUACCUAGCACAGUAGAAUCACAAACUGCUCAGGAAUUGGAUGCUGCCAGCCUAACAAUUAAAUCUCCUUUAGACUAUCAGGAAAGCACCCUAGCAUUGCAGACCUCCAAUACAGAGGAGCCUCAGCCUGCUGUGGGACAGCUGGUGGGGGUAUUGUUGGAUGUACCUUCUGCUCAUUUUUCUUAUUUGGACACUGUUCUAGAAGAGCAGGAAAACACCACUGUGGAUGUAAUUACUUCUAAUUCUGUAAAGUUGACACCUGUGGAUACGAGUCUUGAGGAGGCCAUCAGUUCUUUGAACUCCUCUCUGGAUGAUUACCGAGGGCAGUUUCCUGAACUUCAAGAUCUUGAACGUGAAUUGAAACAUUUGGAAGAUCUUCUGAUGCAGAGACAAGGAGUUUUCCGCAGCCGAGCAUCUAGUAUAAGCCUUACAGUAGAAAAUGCACUAGAGAGCUUUGAUUUUCUGAACACCACAUCUGACAUGGAAGAUUCAGAGUGCUCUGAAGAUGAAGAGGGUCACAACGAAAGGAACUUGAAUUGCAAUUGUUUGCCAGUAGAGACUGUUUCACAAAGUGAGGACCACGUGGAGGAUGCUGGGGUAUGCAGUGCUUCUGAAGGAAGCUCUGGAGCUUUGAGCACUGGCAAUGAACACCUUGAUAGGGCAUUGGUCAUUCAUCUUAAUAAUUGCUGCAGGCUUCUACUGCAUUUAGGCACAUUUGGACCCCUCCGCUGCCGGGAGAUGUACGCACUUGAUAAGCUGAUGAGAGAGUCCCAGAUCUUAAAGGUAAUCUGCAGGCUUACAAAGGAAAAAUCAGGAACGGCAAACAAUGCAGAUGAAGUUAUACAGUUUUCCAUGCCUAAGGAUGGAGUCUUGGCAUUUUGGAGUAAAUGUGUGCAGCCUCAGAAUGUCUUCUUAUGUUCUGCUGAAUCAUUUUUAGAGACAUUGACAUCACAUUAUGCUGAACAAGUGAAUGCUCUAUACUUAGGGAUGUCUGAAGCAGUGUUUGUGAGACUGGCAGAGCUGAUUUUAGAUCACAAGCUGGCAAAGAGAAUUCGCUCAACUAAUACUGACCAGUUGACAAUCUUUCAGUACUGGAGCCAUUUUGAAUCUCUAAGUGUCACUGCGCUGGAUUCCUAUGUCAUUGACUUGGCAAAAGAAGUACAGUUUGUGCAGAACUUAAAUGCAGAUGAUCAGAAUGUGGUUCUGAAAGCCUUAAAACGGGUACCUGAGAAUUGCGUGCAAAGAGAAGGGUUCAAGGCUCUGAGCUUGCUUCUUACUAAUGGAAACAGCAAAGUCAUUGCAGCUGUAACUUCGCUUCUUAGAGGAUUUUCAGAAAACCAAAAGUUUCGGGAGAGGGCACUUGUGUGUUUCCUAGAGCAGCUGGAAGAUGAAGAUGUACAGACACGAGCUGCAGGAUGUGCGGCACUGGGUUGUGUAAAGGCAAAAGAGAGCAUUGACCAAUUAAUCUUUCUGUGCCAAACUGACAAGGAUGAAGUUAAAGUUGCUGCCAAACAGAGUCUGAUGCUAUUUGGUGAAGAUGGAAAACUGGCAUGUCGGCACUUGGAGGAAACACUUGGGAAUUUACCAAGAAUCUUUGCACCUGGAGCUAUGGCAAGCACUGCUUUCUGAAAUUCCUAUGAUUUUGGUUUUCAUUGUACAACCGAUGCCAGUGUCCUUUUUUUGGUAAAUGAAUGUGACAGUGGAGGACGUGAAGAACUCUUUAUAUAUUCAGGAACUUAUCUGACAGUAUUAAGAAAAUGCAUCUACAUGAUGCACAGGAGAUGGCUCAUUUUCCAGACACUUUUGGAUGACCUACCUCUGGCAGUGACAAAAUGUAACAUUAACAGAUUGAUGAUACUGGCUUUAUAUUUCAUCAGUACUUCAACUACACAUGGACCAGAACUGAUGCCCAGGAACAACAACAAUCCAAACAACGUAGGGCAAUCAGUAUGCAAGUAGUAUAUUUUGCACGCACAAUUGAAUCCGUUGACCACUGCAGUAUAUAGACUAUAAUUUUGACCACACCAUAGCAAUAUGGUGAACCCCUGCUUGUCUGCCUUUUAUUACACUUUGGUGAAACUGAGAACAAAGCUAUACCUUAUCAAGAAAUGACUGCGCACCAGGCUUGCUAUUUUAUAUUUAUUGUUUUUAAAGAUUAAUCCUAAUGGUUUAUGAAGGCUUUCAGUUGUCUUAAUUCCAUUAUUAGUGCACGUGUGUGUUGUAGGGUUUACCUAUUAAUAAGCAAGCUUGAAAAAUGUUAUAGGUUAUUUAAACAAAAUGUUUAAAUACGGCAGCCAAAAGGGCAUGUAACUAUUUUCUGGAACAACCCGAUAUUUUGAAUAGACGAAUGGAAACUAGGAAUGCACCAAAUCCAGGAUUCAGUUUGUGAUUCGGCCAGAAUUCAUCCUUUUUGACAGGAUUCAGGCUGAAUACUUGUGCCUGGCCAACCAAAUCCAAGUAUAAAUUUGCAUAUGUAAAUUAGAGGCAGGAAGUGAAAUCACGUGAUUUUUCAUCACAAAACUAGGAAGUAGAAGACUUUCCCCACUUUUUGCGUUGCCACCCCUAAUUUGCAUAUGCAAAUUUGGAUUCAGUCUGGUAUUCGGCCGAAUGUUUCAGAAUGGAUUCAGGGAUUCGGCCGAAUCCCAAAUAGUGGAGUCGGGCAUCCCUAAUGGAAACCUAACAACUGAAGACUUUUUUGAUAACCUCAAAUAUCCCAUUAUUGAAUUGUUUCCUUAACUUCUUUCUUGUCUAUUGAAUUGUUUCCUUAACGUCUUUCUUGUCUAUUAAAGCCUUGAAAUGAUG